AAAAAACACACACAUGGCAUGGCAUCGGCAUGUAUCUCACAAAUUCGUUUCUUCCCGCUCCAAACAUUAACUCGGAUUUCUUUAAAAUCUUUUCCAAUUCCAAAUUUGAUAAGAACACCUAAGUCGAAAUUAUAUUCACAUAAAAUACCAUAUUCAACUAUGUCCAGCAACGAAAGCAUGCCCAAGAAAUCAAAAGCCGAUCAUUUCACAAUUGGAACUCACAGUGGUAAUUUCCAUUGUGACGAAGUCUUGGCAUGCUUUAUGAUUAAACAACUGCCCGUCUAUUCAGAUGCGAAAAUAAUCCGAAGCCGUGAUGAUAAGAUUCUAGAUGAAUGUGAUAUGGUAAUUGAUGUUGGAGGAGUAUUUAAUCAUGAGCUUAAGCGUUAUGACCACCAUCAGAAAGAAUUUCAAGAGUCCAUAAGCUCAUUAAAACCGGAAAUUGGUGAAGGUUUUAAAAUUAGAUUAAGUUCGGCGGGUCUCAUUUACACGUUCUAUGGUGAAGAUAUUAUCCAAGCCAUUCUAAAAAAGAACGGCAGCGAACAGUUAUCGCCUUCAGAUUUAAAGGCAGUGUAUAAGCAAAUUUACAAGAGUCUCAUUCAAGAAAUUGACGCCAUAGAUAAUGGCGUGCCAAUGUUUGAUGGAGAACCACUCUACACAAUUUCAACAAACCUAAGUGCGCGUAUUGGAAACUUGAAUCCCUCUUGGGAUGAGGUUGACUAUGAUCUGGACGAAAUUUUUAAAAUUGCAAUGGCAAAAGUUGGUGAGGAGUUUACCCAAAUCGUAAUGGGCUUUGCAACGUCCUGGAUAAAGGCUCGUUCACAUGUCAGAACUGCAAUAGAAAAUGCAAAAAAAGUCCACGAAUCUGGAGAGAUACUGGAAUUCGAACGCUUUUGCCCAUGGAAGAAUCAUUUAGCGGACUUGGAAAAGGAGUACAAUAUCGAAGGUGUACCUAAAUACGUACUCUUCCAAGAAAAACCCGACAGCUGGCGAGUUAUGUGUGUACCUCACACUCCAUCCAGUUUUGUUUGCAGAAAAUUUCUUCGCGAAAAUUGGCGUGGUCUGCGUGAUGAAGAGCUUUCUAAAUUGGCAGGCAUUCCGGGAUUAAUUUUUGUUCACCACACGGGAUUUAUCGGAGGGGCUACAACAAGGGAGAGUGUAUUAAAAAUGGCCAUACAAAGUUUGGAAAAUUGAUUUUAACGAAAAAGAAAAAAACACUGAAUAAUUAUUAUUUAUCCGAAGAAAUAUUUAUUAAUAAAAACGAUUUUCCACUUAUCCCACAAGAAUAAACAAACAUUGUUGGAAUUUUAUUUUAUUUUAGAAAAUAGAAAAAUGCAAGACU